AUGUUGAAAGUAUUAUCAAGGGUGGAGGAAGGAGAGAGAGCUCGAACUAUAAGCAUUCCAAGGUUGGCAGUGAAGUCAAGGUUCUGUGACUGGAUUGCUGAGUACCCCUUCCCUGAUGGCCAGAAGGUUCCUCCUGUUGUGGGAACCUACGAUGGUACAAGGGACCUAGAAGACCACCUAGCUUUGUAUGACCAAGCCAUUCUUACAGAAAAAUGGGUGGAUCCUGUGGCUUGCCACUUGUUCCCUGGGACAUUGCAAGGCCAUGCUAGAGAUUGGUUCACAGGCCUGCCGAAGAAAAGUAUCAAAGAUUUCCAAGACUUGAAAGAAAAGUUUGUGGCUCAUUUCUUCCAACAAAAGAAGCAUCAACGUAAUCACUUGGAGGCCCAUUUGAUAAGGCAACUAGAGAAUGAGCCACUUAGGGACUUCAUUCUGAGAUUUACUCAAGAAUGUCAAAAGAUACCCGGGCUCCCUGAAAGUCAACAAAUUUCAGGCUUCACUCUAGCUCUGCAUCCUGGCCCCCUCCAAGAAAAGUUGACUACAAAGGUUCCAAAGACCUUCAAAGAAGCCAUUGACAGAGCCUAUGAUUACCUCCGGUCUAGGGAGACUGCCUCACUAGUAAGAGGAGUCACCAAGAAGGAAAAGUCAUUGGGGGGAGGGUCAUCUGAUGGCAGUCGUCAUGAUGGUCAAGAUCGACGAGAAAAAAGAUUUAGUCCAUAUAACAAGAAUGCAUUAACUAUCAAUCUGGUUAAGUGUCCCAGGGAAAUCUUGAGCACUGAGAAAGUUUGUGCAACUUUCAAGCCUCCUUCCCCGAUGAACUUUAUAUCCGGGAAGAAGAACAUGGACGAAUAUUGUGAAUUUCAUGAAGAUUAUGGUCAUGACACAAAUGCAUGCAAGCAACUUAAAAUAGCAAUCAAUAAGGCAGUGAAGGAAGGAAAAUUGGAACAUUUGGUUGUUGGAGCUAAGGAAGGAAGGAAGGAUGAGGCAAAAAAGACAUUUGCAUGGCAGAAGAAGGGUAAGGAUGAUAAUGAUCUAAGUCCAGCAGAAGGCUAUGUUGAAUGA